AUGGCUUCUUCACAACCCCUCGCCGGAAAAGUGGCACUUAUUACCGGCGCCUCGCAAGGUAUCGGCGCAGCAACCGCGCUGCAACUCGCAGAGCUCGGCGCCAAAAUCGUCGUUAAUUAUUCCUCGAACUCCAAACCCGCUGAAGAAUUAGUACAAAAGAUCGGAUCCGAUAAAGCAAUCGCCAUUAAAGCAAAUGCCGGCGACCUCGAAGACAUUGAGCGACUGGUCGAGGAGACGCUCAAAUGGGGCGGUGGCAGGAUCGACAUCCUCAUUCCAAACGCGGCGGCAGGAGCACUGGCGAAUGGACUGGACAAUACUUCAGAGGCGGACUUCGACAGCGUCGUGGGAUUGAAUGUUAAAGGGCCGUUUUUCUUGGUACAGAAAGCAGCACCCCACAUGCCCUCCGGCGCGCACAUCCUCCUGGUCUCCACCUCCCUCACCGGCCUCUCUAACAUCACGCCCAACUACCUGCUCUACGUGACCACCAAAGGCGCUAUCGAGCAGAUGACGCGCGUGCUUGCGAAAGAUCUCGGCCGCAAGGGUAUCUUGGUGAAUGCGAUUGCGCCAGGGCCAACCGCCACGGCGUUGUUUUUGAAGGGGAAGAGCGAAGAUUUGGUCAAGACUAUAGCGGGGUGGACCCCGUUUAAUCGAUUGGGGACGCCGGAGGAUGUUGCGAGGGCAGUGGGGUGGUUAGUGGGUGGAAACACAUGGGUGCACGGCCAGACCAUAAAAUGCAAUGGGGGCUUGGCCUGA